UUGCGUGCAGAGCGGCCUGGCGACCAACUGUUUACAAAAAGCAGCUGUCGACGCACGAGCGUGUCACUCCGAAGAGCAAGGGGACGAGCAACGGGCACAUCACAACAUGACGACUUUAGAGGAACUUGAGUUGUUAAAGGAAAGUCCCCCGGUUGUGGGUAAAGUAACCCACCAUAGCAUUGAGCUGUACUGGGAUGAGGCUGGGAGAAUCAAACGGAUUGGUCCUUGUGAUCAGUGGUUGCGUUUUUCAGUGGAAGAAGAAGAUUCCAGGACACACAAUUUUGGAACAAUUCAUACUGGUUAUUCUAAACAUCAUAUAGUUGAAGGUCUUGAGCCCAGCACGUUGUAUAAAUUCAGACUGAAAAUUACAAGCCAAUCGGGAGAAAUGGUAUAUAGUCCAGUAGUUUCUGUUUCAACUACAAGGGAACCAAUGAGUGGGAAACAUCUGCACCAGGCAAUAAAUGUGAAUGAUGAAGAAGCAGUUGUUCAAGUCUUACAAUCAGGAACUGUUAAUGUGGAUGUUCCUGAUAAAUUUGGGUUUACACCUCUUAUGGUUGCAGCACAGAAAGGCUACUCAAGAUUGGUGAAUAUCUUGGUUGAAUAUGGAGCUGAUAUUAAUUUAAAGAAUGGCAGCGGGGAAAACAGUUUAAUGCUUGCUUGUUUUGCUGGACACCUGGAUAUUGUUAAAUUUCUCAGAACAUCUGGCGCUGACUGGGAGACUUGUGACAGGACUGGUUCAACUGCUAUGCACUGGGCAGCAGAUGGAGGUCAUAUAAAUGUCAUCCGGUUUUUAAUAAAUGAUAGUUGUAAGGUUGAUUCUAAGGAUAAUGGUUCUUUGUGGACACCACUUAUGAGAGUUUCAGCUUUAUCUGGCAAUGCCAGAGUUGCAUCUCUCCUAAUUCAGGCAGGAGCAGAUGUGAAUGUACAGGAUAAAGAUGGAAAGACACCUUUAAUGAUGUCUGCACUUAACAACCAUGAGGAGUUAGUAACAUUACUGCUGAAGAAUGGAGCAAAUCGUCAUAUUAAAAAUGAGUAUGGAACAAGUGUUCUAGAGAUGGCUAAAGCUUUUGGAAGGCUGAAUAUUGCCCACCUGUUGGAAGAUAAAGUGAUUUAAUGUAGGAAACCUGGAAAUGUUUUUCACUUCAGAAAAAUUGACCAUUUGACAUUCUUUUUCAAUGAGAGAAUGCAGAC